CUUGCGCAGAGACGCGCCAGUAACCGCUGCAGCGCCCUGACCAGAGAGUUUCUACCCGCCGGCCAGCACUUUGACUACCUUACAAUGGCUGACAAACCUGACAUGGAGGAGAUCAACAAAUUUGAUAAGACAAAGCUGAAGAAGACUGAGACGCAGGAGAAAAAUCCCCUGCCUUCAAAAGAGACCAUUGAACAGGAAAAGGCGGCGGGACAAUGAGGCCCCUCCCUCCUGUCAUGCACUGUACACACCCCCUUCCUCCUGCAUUGCCUUGUUUUCAGUCACUUCUCUUAGCUGUACAACUUUACAAUAUUCUGAACCUAUAACAGUCUGGACAGUUGGCCCCACCCCCUCAGCUACUACAACACUUCUAACCACCUUAAAGCGAUGAGCUGUUCUUUAGUUGUGAUGAAACUUUCUUGGGAGGAGGGGGAGAGACUGUGGAUGUCCAUGUCUUGACCAACACAGAUGUGGUGUGGCAAAGGGGAUUUUUUUUUUUUUUUUUUUUCAGGGGGUCAUGGCCUUUGUCCCUGGAUCCUUGUCACCACCACCGGGCUUCCUGUGUGUGUGGUUGCUUUCACACCGAAGUGAGGCGUUAUGUACGUCUUAUUUUUCUGUCCCAGUUUUGAAGCUCCAUUCACUGGCCAAAAGUGCAAAUUGAUAGUCUUUUUGUUACUUUGUUUUGUAUGUGUACGAUGACAAAGGUAACGGGAAC